AUGAGGUAAAUUAGCCAAUUGCAAUAGGAAAUCAAAGAUCUUGAAAAAAGACAUUUGUUUAUCAUAAAGGAUUUUAACAAACUCUAGGACGAAAGGAAUCAAGUAUUACAGGAAAGAGACCAAUUCUCGAUAAAGAUUAAUUAGCUUGAGUAAAAACUUGCUUAGAAUACUCAAAGCAUUCUCUAAAUGUUGGAUAAUUAGGAUUAGGUAAUGAUGGUAUCAAACCAAUCAUAAAAGCUUUAGGAGCUUAUCUCACAAAAUAAAACUAAGGGCUAAUUAUUGUACCAGAAAGAUUUAGAGCUAUCAGAAAAGGCGAAAGAAUGCUAGGAAUUAUAAAAUCAAAUCAAACAUAUGAAUAACUAAGAUUAAGAUAUUAGAGACUUAAAAAAUGAAAUCAAAAGACUUUAAUAAUUCGAAAAAGAGUAACUCAAAGGCAAUCUGGUAUUUGAUUACGGUAUUAAUCCAAAAGCGAGUGAGAAGUAAUUUGCGAAUAAGAACAUUUAAUGCGAAGACUUUUUAAUAACUAAAGGAGCUGACACUAAAUACAUGGUUGACAGAUAUGAGAAGUUAAGGAAGUAAUACGAAGAACUCAAGGAAAAGGAUCUUAGUUACAGAACUGAAAAGAAUUAGUAUAAUUUUGGAUUAAGUGAUUUGAUUAAUUCUGUGCUUGAACUUAAACAGACUGUAGUGGAGAUAUAUCUUGGGAAAUCUCAGCCACUAGAUCCACUUAAGAAAUACGAUAGUUAAGUUGAUUUCGAGUAUUAUUCUAAGAUUAUCAAGCAGAUAAUAAACAUUGUAUCAGAUUAUAGUACAAAGAAGUACAAUGUAAAUCAAAGAAAACUAAAUGAUGAGGCUCAAGAACUAGAUCAAAUAAUGACCAAAGUUGAAGAUGUAUAAAAGAAGCAGAAUGAGAAUUUAGAUGGUUCUAAAUUUAAUAAAGAUGGACUCUAAAUCCUUACAAACUAAUAAAAGCAAUUCAAUGAUUUGCUGUUCUUAUUCUAUAAACUAAAAACAAGUCUUGAUUUUAGAAAUGUGAAAUAUUCAAUCAGAAAACAGAAAUUCAAAGCUCUAAAGUAGAAUUAUGAUAAACUAUGCUAGAACUCUGACUAGCAAAAUUUGAUUGAAGUUAAUUAGCAGCAGAUGAAUCAGAUACUUAAGCUGAAGAAGUAGUUAUCUCAUUUGAACAAGGAAAACUAGGUGCAAUCAGAAUAUUAAUCUAAUAAUACAAGAUUGCAGUCUCCAUUGAAAUCAGAUUACUAGUCUUCAUCUCCAUUUAGAGAUUCAGUAGCAACAAGUAAUAAACUAGCUUCAUUAAAUUACUCAAAGAGCCCUUAAUAGUAAUAAUCUGUGAUAGACAAGAAGAUUUCCUAUCUUAACUCUAAGUUGAAAGAUGCAGAAAGAUAGAUAGAGAAAGCAUAAGAGGAUGUUAAGGAAAAAAUAUUUUUGAAUAACCAAAUGCAGGAGGAAUUAUUAAGGAAAAACUCAAAGAUAGUUAGUCUUGAAAACAUGGUCGAAGAUAUGAAUAGAAAAAUUGGUGAGUAAUAGAAGUAUAUUGAUGUGCUAGAAAAUGCUAACAAGGAGACUGAAAAGCAAUUUUUGAUUGAAACAUAGAAAUCAUUGAGAGAACAUGACAAUCUCAUGAGAAGUUUGAACUUUAAGGAAAGUGAACUAAAGGAAUUCAAGCUAAAGACUAUUCAGCUAGAUGAGACUUCAAAAGAGACUGAAAUCCUACAGAGAAAUAUCCACAUACUAAAGAACUAGUAUGAAAGAGAAAAAAGACUGGUAGAUGAAAAAGUUAGAGAGUUAACUGAGCUGUAAACAACCUCUGUCAACGAGAAAAUACUCAUUAAUGAAAAUCAUGAGCUCAAAUAACUUAAUAUGGACCUUAACAGAGUACUUAAAGAAGAAAGAAUGCUUAGCGAGGAGAUGAAAGGUAGACUUAUGGCCUAAAUCUAAAAUUUGUCAUAAAAAGUCGUUAAUAUUGAAAACGGUUGUGCGAAAGAUAUUGUCUUGAAAUUAAAAACAAUUAGAAAUGAGAUUAUGUUCAGAGUAGAUAAAUCUCUGUAAUAGAUCAAUGAUUAAUCACUUAACGAGUCAGUAGAUUAAAUUUUGAAUGAUAUAAACUUAAAGGUAAACUAAUUAGUUAAGUAAAGAGAAAAUUUAUAAAAAGCUGUUAAUGUGCUUCAAAGUGAAAAGCAGUAAUUAUUCAUGCAGAUCCAGUAAAUAUAGCAACAGCAAUAAUUGUAGUAUCCUAAUCCAUUAAACUCGAUGAGAGGUUUAAACUUCCCUAACAGAAGUAUAGCAAUAUCUGGAGGAAUUGCAAGAUCCUAGCAAGAUCUAAACGCUCCACUAUACCAACCCAUAUAAUCAUAAUCACCAAAAAGAUAAAUGAAUAAUAGAGUAAUGAGCAUGAAAUCAGUUUAAUAUGACUAGAUUAAUUAAAGAAGCAUGGCAUAUCCCUCUUAAUAACUGACCAUUCCUAAUGGAUAAGAGGAAAAUCUCUUCGAGUAUCUCUAAGCUGAAAUAGUGGCUCUUAGGGAGAAAAAAGAUCAAUUUGCUGGUCAAAAUAAAAAGUAUUUACUCCAAAUUAAAGAAUUAGAGCGUAGGCAAUAAGUCCUCGACCUAUUUUCAAGGAAAGAAAAUGUUGAUGCUUAUCAGUAGAUAUUCUCAAAUGUCAAAGAAAUCCUAAUGGAGCAUCAUUAAGAGCAUCUUUUAGAUGAUAUAGUAAGUAAUCCUUUAAAAAUGAAAGGACAUCGUGAUACUACAAAUUGCACAGUAAAUAUGGACGAAUCAACAAUUAUAUUUUAAGAAAACAAUGCCAAACUAAUUUAAGAUUUGGAAUCACUCCUGCCCCUUAUUGGGAAAUGUUUCUAUUUGUUGAUGAUGGACAAGGAUAAACUUUCAGAUGAUUUAAGAGAUCUUAAUAGAGAGCUCCUUGAUGUUAACUAAUAGUUGAAAUUCGUCAAGUAAAAUGUCCAAUCUAAGAAUGAAAAUGAUAGAGAGUUUAUAAAGAGAAUUGAAGAUAACUAUAAAAAUGAGCUUUAAUUCCUCAAAUAAGAAAAAGAUAUGAUAGUUUCUAAGAGUAAAGAUUUUGCCAAGAAUCUAACUAGUCUAUAAGAAGAUAUUUAGAGUAAAAAAACAUAAGUUAAAUAAUUGAAAGCGGAGAAUAAGAAGUUAUUAGAGGAUCUUGGCUCAAUCGAAGAGAAAACAAAGAAGAACAUACAAGAUAAAUUUGAAAAAGAUAUAGCUUAACAGUUACAGACUGCAAGGGAAGAGUCUUAUUACAAAGGAAGAAAGGAUUGUUCAGAUGAGAUGACUACAGAGAAUUCUAAGCUCAGAACUUUAAUUGAUACUCUUAGACUAGAUUUAUCUGCAAAGUCCAAGAGGGUAAUCGAAUUGUAAUUUGAGGUUGAAGAACUAAAUAAAUCAAAAAGAAAAUCAUCCACAGAGAUAGAAGAGCUCUAUGUCAAACUAGGCAGAGAAAGAGAUGGCUAAAGAGAAUUACAGAAUAAAUUAGAAUCUUUACUCUAGGAAGUAAGUUAUCUCAAGAAUUACUCAAGAGGAAUUAAUAAUUGA